AUGUCUUUAAUAUUUUCAGGGUUAUUGGAACAAAACCAUAGAAACAAAAGAAGCCCUGACAAGUGUGGCUGGCUUAGAAACGGAAACUUAUUUUACAGAGAUGACAAUUAUAACUUUUACUUCGUAAAUCGCUUAAAAUUAUUACUUAAGUACAGGAAUCAUCAGAUAUCACCAACGGAAAUAGAAAAUGUAAUUUAUGGUUACCCGGGCGUGUUAGAUGUUGCUGUCUCCGCUCGGGAGAUUAAAGAUCUAGUUGAGGCCAAUCUCACUGACACAAAACAGUUACGAGGUGGGGUGAUAUUCCUUCAAGAUUUUCCGAUUACACCCACAUGCAAAAUAAAACAGAGUUUAUUGAAACAAAUAGUAGCAGAAUAUCUUUAG